ACCCAGCACUGCAUACGCAGAAAAAGGAUUUACUCGCGAAGCGAAAAUAAUGUUUGCGAGAAUGCCACAGCAAGGAUUCGUCUCGUGGAAUGCUCUCCUUGCAGCAAAUACCAAGCUCGAAAUCGCAAGCGAUUGUCGAAUCGAUGCCGGUGAGGAACAUUGCUCCUAAGGAUCCAAGGUGAGACAAGUCUUUGAUAUCUCGAACAGUGGAUCGCAAGAAAAAAAGUUUACUUUUGUUUUGCUGGGGAACUUAAACAGUGGUUUGACUUGACACGCUGAAUCAGAAUCGAGGUCUUCUAGACGUUUGACUUGGUGGAUCACAGUCCACAACACGGUAAAACAAGUUUCGGCAGGGGAAUUGCGAAAAAAGAUAGGAUUGUCUGACCGCGAUGGUGGGCGGUGGUGGUGGUGGUAGUGGCGUGACCGCGCUCGUCACGCGGCAACACGGGCCGGUUCUAAGAAAGGUCAAGAUUUUCACACCUUAUUGUUGUUGAGUUUUCCAUCUCCCCGCGUCCUUCUAAGCAUCUAUAUAGGCUCCCUCGUUUCCUCCUGAUUCUAACAUCGCUCAUAGUCCGAAAACGUUUCGGUUUGUUUCUUCUCUGCGAACUUAGCAGCAGGAAGAUCAAAGAUGGCUUCAAAGAGUCUUCUCGCAGCACUGGCAUUGCUAUCGCUCCUACAUUUUUCCUCUGCGGUGGAGUUCACAGUCGGCGAUAGCAACGGAUGGACUUUCCAAGUUAACUACACACAAUGGGCUUCGUCGCAAACUUUUCGAGUAGGAGACAUUCUCGUGUUUCCUUACACAUCAAUCCACGACGUUCGCGAAGUGAGUCAAGCCGACUACGAUAGCUGCGAUGGAUCCAACGCCGUCACUACUUAUGCCACCGCCAGUCCCAUUCGCGUCACGCUCUCGAGGCCAGGAGCUCACUGGUUCCUGUGUGGAAUUCCCGGCCACUGCGCAGCAGGGAUGAGAGUUCCAAUCAAUGUUGCCACUGCUACUUUCACUGCUACUGCUCCAGCUCCAUCGCCAUCCGCGCGAUCUGGCGGCAGGGCUCUCUCUCCAAGGAGCUCGCUCGCGACAUCACCCUCUCCAUCGCCAACGAGCUCGCUCCCGGCUUCACCGUCACCGUCAUCUCCAUCGCCAAGCAGCUCACUCGCACCUUCACCGUCACCGUCACCACGGAGCUCGUUGGCAUCAUCGCCCUCACCGUCACCGUCAGCAUCAUCGUCUCCAGCGCCAUCGACGACCGUGAUCCCAGCUCCAGAUCUUCCACCAUCGCCACCAAGCUCUGAUCUUCUUCCACCGGCUAGUAUUCCAACCAAUGCGCUUCCUCCGGCCUCUCCGCCCUCGAGCUCCGCGCAGCUGGUUUCCAUCGGCUGGGGCCUCACCAUAGCUGGAUUGGUUCUUGCUCUCUAGAAUAGAACCAUUCCGUUUCAAAUCCAAUCGCUUUCCUUUUAUUCCUUGUAUUUUUUAAAAUUUUUUUGUAGCUACUAGUGAACGCAGAGAUCUCGGACGAUCAUGUAUACAAAGAAGUUUCUUCUUUCAUGAUUCAUGGCGAGCUUCUAAGAUCAUCCAUCACUAUUGAUAAAAUAUAUUCUCAUUCUUUUCUUGCA